AUGUCUCAGCGUGAGUUUGAGAAGGCUGCUGAGGAUAUUAAGCACCUUAAGGCCAAGCCAGUGGAUGAUGAGAUGUUGUUCAUAUACAGCUGCUGCAAACAAAUGACUGUGGGCGACAUAAAUACAGAAGGACCCAGGAUUUUGGACCUCCAAGGAAUGGCCAAGUGGAGUGCCUGGAACGAGCUGGAAGGGACUGUCAAGGAAGACGCCAUUGAAACUUACACCAGCAUAGUAGAAGAGCUAAAGAAAAAGUAUAGGAUAUGA